AUGGACGCGUGGGCACCGGCGCAGGGGCAGCGCGGGCUGAACGGCAACUGCCAGUUCCUCCUCACGUCCACGUGCGGCAUCUCCUCCACCAGACCUAUCCUAUCCUCUCGGCCUCCUAGUCAUCGCUCCGCUGCUUCGACUCCAAGUCGUCGCUUUUCCCUUUUCUCGUCUCUCUCCUCCCCUCCGCCCAUCCUCUCCUACCUCCUCGCCCCCUCUCCCCUAUUAGCCCUCAUCUCCGCCCCCGCUCCCUCCCGCCCCGCCUCUUCUCCGCCCUCCUUUCCCCCAGAUCGCUGCGAUGACGGCAACCGCUGCACGGAGGACGUGUGCGCGUGGCGCGGGAACCGCUCCGCCGCUGCGUCCGGCUGCGCGCCCUGGCCCGCCUGCCACUUCGCGCCCGCCACCUGCACAAAUACGCCCAUCCCCGUCUGCGCGCAGCCUCCGCCGCCCUCCCCGCCUCCGCCUAAAAAGGGAAAACCGCCUAAAUCUCCGCCUCCUCCCCGGCCUCCCCCCAAGUCGCCCAAACCGCCCAAGAGCCCCCCCAAUUCCGGCUAUCCUUCGCCUCCGCCCAGCCCUCCGUCUCCGCCUCCUUCUCCCCCUCCUCCAUCCCCCCCUCCUUCCCCGCCACCUCGGCCAUCCCCGCCCCCGUCUCCCCCGCCUCCUCCGUCCCCCCCUCCUUCCCCUCCGCCCCCGCCUUCCCCCCCUCCUUCGCCUCCCCCACCGCCUUCCCCCCCGCCCCCACCCUCGCCCCCAUCACCGCCUCCUCCCCCGCCAAUCCCCCCAAGUCUCUUCAACGUGAUUGCGUACGGGGCGAAGGGCAACGGCGGGACCAACGACGCGGGCGCAAUAGUGGCAGCGUUCAAGGCAGCGUGCGCGUAUGCUGCUGCGAGCAGCACGCGCGCUACAGUGCUGCUACCGGGGGGAUACACGUUCCUGCUGUCGUCAGCUAUCAGGAUGGAGGGGCCGUGUGGGACCAGCGGCAGCGGCGCUGCUAUCACCAUCCAGAUCGACGGCACGCUAGCAGCAAACCCCAUCCCCGAAGCCAUCAGCUACAGCGUGGACGCAGUGAUCUACCUGAACCGCCUGGACGGGCUGCGCCUCGUGGGCUCGGGCAUCGUUGACGGGCAGGCGGCCACGUGGUGGUCGCGGUUCCGCUCUGGGAAGAGCACUGACCGGCCUGACCUGCUGUACAUCCAGCGCUGCAAUGGCAUGGAGAUGAGCGGUCUCACCAUCAAGAACCCCCCAAUGUUUCAUGUGAACAUAAAGGACCUGGUGGGGCUGUGGAUCCACCACGUGACCACUGACAGCCCCUACAACAGCCCCAACACCGACUCCAUCAGCAUUGGCCGCGUGCGCUACGCCCUCAUCGAACACUGCUCCAUCCAUGGCGGUGACGACAACAUAUCAAUAAAGGACGGAGUGCACCACGUGCUCAUCCGCAACGUGCUCUGCACAGCGGGCCACGGCAUCAGCAUCGGCAGCCUCGGCAUCGGCGGCGCGCUCAACUGCGUCUCCAACAUCACUGUGCAGAACAGCGUGCUCAUGUCUCUCUCCAAUGGGCUGCGCAUCAAGACGUAUCAGGGCGGGCAGGGCGCUAGUAACACAGCCAUGGAACCCCAAUCCACCUCCACCCUUGGCCCCUCCAUCCUCUCCUCCCCCCAGUCCUCCACCUCUACCCCCACCCUCUCCGCCUCUACCCCCUCCACCCUCUCCCCCUCUACCCCCAUCAUCCCCACCACCAAACCCUCCUCCCGCACCACCAUCCUCCCCGCCCCCAACCCCUCCCCCUUCUUCACUUGA